UCCCAGUUGUUAUCUGCCGGCAUAUGGGCUAAAAUUUAAAUUUACUGUACAAGGAAAAAUAUGAACUUUCAAAUAAUAAUAUAUCUGUCAUUGUUUGAGUUGUUGAAGACUAAAAGCUUCUAUAAUGAAUUAAUACUGAAACAUUUGUAUCUGACUCCUAAUUAUUUAUGUCUUGGUUACUUAGUGGAGUCAGACAGGAUCGGCGUAUAACGAAGAAGUGACACUGAAUAAGAUAAUGCACCGGCAAAGGGGAAUCAGAACUCACCAAAAUGAACGACGACAGUGGACAAAACAUAUAUGUGCCUACACUUGGUGGCACGGGAGAGAACGUCAAUGUGGAUGCAAGUGAAGGCGCUUGUCCACCUUCACCUUACGGCCCGGAAGAGAACGUCAAUGUAAGUGGAAGCGCUUAUCCACCUUCGCCUAGCGGUCCUGAGCAAAAGACAGCAAUUCUUUGCCAGACGGUAGAUGUACCUACAAUGGUACACUCCCAGUAUCAACAAUAUGAUUGUACUGUGGUUUUGCAUGAACCAGUUCAUGCUUUCGUUCCUUCAGGUUCGACCAUAUUGACAUCGGAAUAUGUUGUUGCAAUGGGGCAGCUUCUUCUAAGAUACAACAAGAUGUAAAAAAAAUAGAAACUAGAUGCAUAAAACACUUCUAAAUGUCUGUCAUACUUCUAGAAUGUUAAAAUAACUUAGCAACUCCAUUUCAGUAUUUCAUUUUAUGAUUUCUUCUUACACAAAUGCAGAAGUGGAAUAAAUGGAGUAUGUAUGAAUAUCUAGCUAAAAGAUAUAUUCUUACAGAUAUUGUAUAGUGUAACCAUACAUCAUUAGCAUCAAUAACAGUUGUUUUGUUUUAUUUCAUUACAACUAUCUGUAAAUAGAAAAAUAGAUGUAUAUAUUUGCAAUUUUUUCAAUGUCUUUACUACUGAACAAAAGCAGAUCUUGCUGCUUUUAUAAUAGGCUCAAAGUUCUUGUUUGAGUGAUAGUAUGUAGGUUACCAAUUUGUAAGUAGGAUUUACUCCACAUUUGAAAACAAUAUUUUUACGCUGUUAUAUUUUCUGAAUAUGAUGAUAGUUAUUUUCUGUUUAAUCAACUGUGCAGUUUAACAUUUUAUCAGUAUUUGUUAUCCUGAUUUUGAUGUUAAUCUUUAGUCUGUGAUAUUUAUAUGUCUAUUAAUAUCAGUUAUUUAUAUGUAAAUAAGAUGAAUGUUAAUAUAUUUGAUAGAUAAAACAUGAAUAUACUUUAUAACAAAAUAAAAUG